AUGGCGAAGAUGGUUUCUGCUAUCACCCUUCUGUUUCUUGCUUUCAUGGCCAUGUCCACACGACAGGCCCUGGCGAUAAACGUUCCUUAUAUAGAUUAUAUACUACCUCCCAGACCAUCCAGAACAUGGAACUAUAAUGUCAUGCCGAUUCCCCGGCGGCCGCUGCUGGGUUACCCAGUGGGUCAUGAAGCAGACUGCCGGGCAGCCCAUCACAAGGUACAUUCCUGCGUGCACAAACCACAUGGGACUCUCAGUGAUGAGAACUGUUGCAAUGUCAUUGCUGAGUAUAGAGAAGAUUGUCUUCCCGCAGAGCUUGUGCACAUGAAGGAGAAGUUUCUCCAUUAUUUAAUCAGACACCAAUGUGUUCCAGGCCAUUCUACAGCAGAUCCAAGUUUAGGAGCAUGA